AUGCCUUUGGACGCCUCUCUUCUAUUGACCUCGCCCGGCGCCCUCAGCGCGGUGGUGAACGCCCUCCCGCGUCGCGAUGCAUCCCGCUUCGCCCGCACGUCGCGUGGCUUCCUCGAACCAGGACUCGGUGCCGUAUGGCGCGAGCUCGACUCGCUCGUGCCGCUGGUCUCACUCUUUCCGAAUCAUAUCUUCAAGAAAGCCAAGCGUCCAGGAGCGGGUCUGGCCUCAAUGCCGAGCCAGGCAGAUUGGUCCCGUGUACUCGCCUACGCGCCGCUCGUGCGCUCUUUGACGUACGACGAGAACGCGCGGACCGCGCAUCCCUCGCUGUUCCCCGUGCUCGCCGCCUCGCCGGGUGGCCCGCUUCUUCCGCGCCUUCGCGCCCUUACAUGGCGUGCGGAGAGCCCGGCUGGAGUAGCUCGCGCCGCGCCAUUCCUGUCUUCAAAGCACCUACACGAGUUAGCCCUCACACUUGGUCCCAAGGCGGUCGCACAGCUUGCGGACCUGCUUGGCGCGCCCGAGGCAAGCGCGCUUCACCUCGCGACGUUCGACCUUGUCGCGGCUGCAUCGGUGCCCACGAAUGUACUCGAGGCGUUUCCGGACAUCUUUGCCGGGCUCGACAGCCUCUCGCUGUCCAUGCCAGAGCUCCUCUCGCCUGAGAUGGGCAUAUGGAUCGCACACCUCCCGCACCUCAAGACGUUGGAGCUCGAUCUCGCGGGUGCGAGUAUCAACGAUGUGAAGAGGUUCUUCAUGGAUAUGCCUGGCCUUCGCCCGCGUUCGGGGCGUAGCUCACCUACGAUGGAUUCAGAUAGCGGGAUAUUCUCUGGAGAGGGAGUGGAGGAAGAGGAGAGUACUGCAGGUCCCGGCGCGCUACCACGCGUACGAACGCUCAAGCUACGCGGCGCCGCGCGCGCCAUCGCGGAGUUCCUUAAGCACCUGGCGCCCGGCGGACUCGCGAAGCUGCAGCUGUCACUGGCCGACCCACCCGAGCCGGCAGACUGGGCCGAUGUGCUCGAGCUGCUCGGCUGCUGCUUUGGAGCGUCGUUGACGAGCUUCGUCGUUGGUGCCGCGCAGACGGUCGUUGAGACGGGCAGGAGAGCGCCGCGUAGGUUAUGCCUCGAUGCGCUGGCGAGGGUGUACUUGCCCGCGCUAACGAGCUUCUGCGUCGAUAUGAACUGUGCGGCGGUGAUCACGGACACAGAUCUGUAUCAUCUCGCGCGCGCAUGCCCCGCACUCCACAGGCUCUACCUUCCGCUUUCACCGCCACGCCCACGUGCUACACUCGACGGACUCGCCUUCCUCACGGCCCGCUGCCCGUCCCUAUACAGCAUUUCUAUCUCACUCGAUGCGCGCCAACCGCCCUCGGACGGCGUCUUCUUCGACCUUAGCGCAAGUAGUCGUGCACUACGCAUACUUGAUGUGGGCAGCAGCUGCGCGGGUGACGCCAUCCAAUCAGCCGUCGCGCUCAGCCACCUCGCGCCCCACCUCGAGACUUUGCGAUACGCUGAAGCAUGUGCGGGAGAGGAUGAUACGGAUGAGAAGGCAUGGUCAGAGUGCGCGAGGAUCUUACCGGCGUUGCAGGGCGUAAGGCUCACGGAGCGAUGGAUCGCGAUGAGCUAUAUGCCUGAAGCGCGCGAUAUGUGCGAGCAGUGGGUUGAGACGGAGGAGGUCGAGGAGGUCGUCAGGCGGACGCUGGACUACGGCGUGCAGGUUGCUCCGGAAGUUGUGGAGCAGGAGGUACUGGUGGUGGAAGAGACGCCGAAGCGUGAGAUGGUCGAGGUUGCGAUCGACGCCACCGGCCCGCCGCCCACGCCAAAGGUUGUCCGCUUCUCCCCUACGAACGAUUACUUCGAGCUCGAGGAUCAUCAUGAGGAGGACGAGCUGGAGGCCGAAGAGCGUGAGUGGGAGGCAUUGGAGACGUCCACGAUCGAGAUCAAGGCGAUCAAGGACGAGCGGGAGGUUGACGCGCUCAGGCCGCCGGUUAUCGAGGUCGAGCCUCCCACACCGGUGAAGUGUGCACCGGACGAGGGGGAAGGAAGCCCGUUGUUCAGCUUCGGCGAUAUCGCUGCGUGCGCAGAGGAUAUGCAGGAGGGCGACUCUGGUGACGACUCUUCCGUCACGGAGGAGAUCGUGUUCAAUGUCGAUCCCAUACCGCUACCGCCGCCGGAGGUCGUUGACAUUGUUGUCGAGGGCGCGUCGUUUGAAGACGAUGUUGAGACGGAACGGCCGAGUAUCGAGCUGGUCGCGGUCGAUACGGAAGCCGGCGGGGCCAAGAAGUCGGAGGAGAGCGCGGAGCCAGAGGAUAACCUUCCUCCAACCGAGUACGGGACGCCAACCGAGUCGCAGUACGACUCUGCUCCACGCGGAGAUGGUGCAUCGACAGAGCCCGAUGCACAACACUCCAGCCCUGCGUCUUCUAAUGAGGAGUAUGAAGAGGCAGAGCCGUUGAUCACGCGCGAGACGUCUGAGUCUCCGAUCCUUGACGCGCUUGAAGCCAGCGAGGAGAUCGACGCGCCGCCAUCACGCGAGGACGUGCAGACGCCUCCACCUCCAGCGGGCAAUCAACACCAGCAACACACUGCGAUGCUCGAUAUGCCCACGCCGCCUACCCAGCUAUAUAUCCCGCACGUCGUCUCGCGCUCCGUGGACCUGGCCUGGAAGAUUGCGUUCUUCGGACCGAACUUCAUGACCGCGCGCAUGCAUGACAUAUGGGCGCUUUCACCACUGGGCCCCGGAGGCUCGCACUGGAUGCAAGGGGAGAAGAACCGGGGUCAAUCGCCAUCCCAACGGAGGGAGGGCGAGAUGGAGGUUAUGCAUAUUGAUGAUGAGGAAGAGGAGAAGGAGCAGCGCGGCGGGAACGCGAUGAUGAGGAGAGGUAUCUCUCCUGUAUGCAUGUAG